AUGAGUGGAGUGCAGGAGGCCAGUGGGAAGGAGGUGAAAAAGGAUGGGUUUAAGUCCCUGAUGGUGUUUAAACAGGUCAACCAUCCACAAGUGUCUGCACUGCUUGGGGAGGAAGAUGAAGAGGCGCUGCAUUACCUGACCAGAGUUGAGGUGACAGAAUUUGAAGAUAUAAAAUCAGGUUACAGAAUAGAUUUUUAUUUUGAUGAAAAUCCUUACUUUGAAAAUAAAGUCCUCUCCAAAGAAUUUCAUCUGAAUGAGAGUGGUGAUCCAUCUUCAAAGUCCACUGAAAUCAAAUGGAAAUCUGGAAAGGAUUUGACGAAACGCUCAAGUCAGACACAGAAUAAAGCCAGUAGGAAGAGGCAGCACGAAGAGCCAGAGAGCUUCUUUACCUGGUUUACAGACCAUUCUGAUGCAGGUGCAGAUGAGUUAGGAGAGGUCAUCAAAGAUGAUAUUUGGCCAACUCCCUUGCAGUACUACUUGGUUCCUGAUAUGGAUGAUGAAGAAGGAGAGGGGGAAGAUGAUGAUGAUGAUGAUGAAGAAGAAGAAGGAUUGGAAGAUAUUGAUGAAGAAGGGGAUGAGGAUGAAGGUGAAGAAGAUGAAGAUGAUGAUGAAGGGGAAGAAGGAGAGGAGGAUGAAGGAGAAGAUGUCUAAUAGAAAAGAACACUGAUGGAUUCCAACCUUUUAUUUUUAUUUUUUAUUUUUUAAAUUUUCUCCAGUCCCUGGGAGCAAGUUGCAGUCUUUUCUCCCCACAACCUCUCAUGCUCAGUAGCCCUAUUUUUGAGAUCUCUUUUUCUCAACAUCAUGGUUCUCAUCUUAUUUUGGGGGGAAAUUACCCUGAUCAGAAUACAACAGGAAAAUAAUCUUUUUUAAAAAAAAUUGUUCUAAAAUCAUUUUUAUCCCUUCCUGUCUAAACAAGAACUGUAUGGAUUAACACCACCACCGUGCUCUGUGGGAAAACAAGAAAAACCUUCUGCUCCCUUCACUCUGACAGAAGCUGGAGGGUGCUGGCCCUGUGUAGUAGUGCAUAGAUUCUAGCUUCUUUCCUCCUUUCUCUGUAUAUUGGGCUCAGAGAUUACACUGUGUCUCUAUGUGAAUACGGACAGUUAGCAUUUACCAACAUGUACCUGUCUACUUUCUCUUGUUUAAUAAAAAGAAAAAAAUCUUUUAAAAAAAUGGGGUAUAGAAGGUCAGCAAAGGGUGGGUUUGAGAUGUCUGGGUGGGUUAAGUGGGCAUUUUGACAACAUGGCUUCUCCUUUGGCAUGUUUAAUUGUGAUGUUUAAUGGACAUCCUUGCAGUUUAAGAUGACACUUUUAAAAUAAAAUUCUCUCCUAAUGAUGA